UGUACACGAUCCGGGUGGACUUCGCCCGUAUCCCCCUUCCAGAAGUUGUAUCUCCUACGCAUAGCCGCUUAAUCUUUUUUAUCGUAUAUAUUUUGGAGGGGACAUACGGGCGGAAGUCUUGCCAUAUCACGAUAUUUUGAGCUUCUGGAGACGCUAGCUCCAUAGGGUCUGUUUGAAAGACUAAGGCUGUCGUGAAAUUGUUGGAAUAUUGGUGGCUGUGCGAAAACAACAUUGACAAGGGUCUGUUUGAAAGACUAAGGCUGUCGUGAAAUUGUUGGAAUAUUGGUGGCUGUGCGAAAACAACAUUGACAAGAAACACGGAGGUCGAUAGUGUUCAAUACCGACAGCUGGGUGUCAGCAAACAGUACCGAAGUCGGCGUGUGUGUCCGGAGCGUAGCAGAUUCGGCAUUUGAGGACGUUGCUGUGUAAAGAACAUCUGUAUGGACGGACAGAUCAAUGCGACGAUGCCGGGACAUUGGUGGGGCAAGGCCGUCAACAUCUACGCCCGCCUUCAGGUGAUGGGAGAUCCCCGUGUGACGUCAUGGCCGCUGAUGCAGAGCCCGUGGGCCGUGUCGGCUAUAGUUGUGGCGUACCUGGUGUUGGUGAAGCAAGGCCCGAGGCUAAUGGAGCCUCAUAAGCCUCUGAAUCUGCAGCGCAUCCUAGUGGUGUACAACCUCAGCCUGGUCUGUCUGUCCUGCUAUAUGUUUUAUGAGUUCCUUGUGUCGGCCAUCCUCGCCAACUACAACCUACGUUGCCAGCCUGUCGACUACUCCAACGAUCCUCUAGCCAUGAGGAUGGCCAAUGUAUGCUGGGUGUAUUUUGCAUCUAAAGUUGUAGAGUUAUUAGAUACGAUGUUUUUUAUUCUGCGGAAAAAGAACGGGCAGAUGACGUUUCUGCACGUGUUUCACCACAGUACCAUGGUGAUCCUCUGGUGGCUGACCGUCAAGUAUAUAGCGGGCGGACACACGUUCUUCCAUCCGUUGUUGAACAGCUUAGUGCACAUAUUCAUGUACAGUUACUACGGGUUAUCUGCCCUUGGGCCAGUGCUGCACAGGUACCUGUGGUGGAAGAAAUACCUCACUUCUCUACAACUGAUACAGUUCUGCCUUAUCAUCAUCCACCUCGCUAGCAACAUCUUCGGCAGCCACUGCGGCUUUCCUGUGGGAUGGUCCAUCACAGCCUUCUGUUAUGUUGUAAUCAUGAUCAUACUGUUUGCCAACUUCUACCGAGCCACGUACAGGAGUAGAGGACUUAAGAAGGAAUGAAUCCUGCAUCCAAGCAAACCCAUCCUCAUCCCCCUCCACGCACCAUCACCGCGUGACCCACCUAAUCCACCCACUCCCUUCUCUCCGGAGUCACCAUCAGCUAUCCUUCUGUCGGGGGCACAAUUUAUGCUUCAAUUUGCUGCGUAGAGUUGUGUCCCUUAUGAAUGCCAGAAUCCUGUGAUCGUGGUUCGAAUCUGACGGGUGAUUAUAACUGAAAUAUUGUUAAAAUACCACUCACUCACUCAUAGAAAACCGCAUUGGUUCUUGAUCAAUUUUAGCCUCUAUUUUACACAACGGACACCCUUCUUCACCGAACAUUUUUUGUUAUUUUUCACUGGGUUGCCUGUCAGGACUUUGCUUCUUUCAUUGGAUGUUAACUAUGUUGAAAGUGUGAUACAGUGUGACUGUCUUAAUACGGAUACCAUGAACCUUGUGAAUACGAACCUUAGUUCACCUGAGACCUUUUAACGAACACCGCCUUGUUUAUACGGCCCUUCGUACGCCAGACACCUGGUUUACACGGACCUCCUUACUCAGGGAACCUCUACUGCCGACCCGGCCAUCGUUGGUCGAGAAACUCGUUUAUCUAAAGGGCAAACUGUCCCGAUUGACGAGUUGGCAUUGUACAUGUCUUCAUGACACAGAGCGUCAAAUGUGUCUUGUUUUCUCACAUCAAAUGUUUUUUUGUUUUUUUCUUCUUAUCAUGACAGGUCGGAAUCGUUUGGGCGCCUCUGUUCACGAUAAUAAUCCGGGUCCUACUGGAAACGACCACAUGUAUGCUAAGGACAGUCCUCAUCAGUCGUUAAUCCCGAGACAAGUUAAUCCGGUCACUGGCUAAUCCAGACAUUAGUUAAUCUGAACAUGGCUUAAUCUGGAGAUAAGUUAAUCGGACACUAGAUAAUCCGGACACACCCUAAUCCGGAUAUUUGUUAAUCGGACAUUCGUAAAUCCUGAUACUUAUUAACCGGACAUUGGCUAAUCAGGGCAUUAAUUAGUUAGUUCACAGCCCAUACGCUGUGAUUAAUGUGACAUCCUCAAUUAUCCUGUGUAUUACAUCUCCAUUCUAUUGAGAUACAUACCCUUACCCAAUUCACCACCAUGGCUUUGUUUUGGAAAUGACGUCACCAGCUCCAUCAGCCCUAUCACAAAGUUAGCACAGAUUUUCUCUUGUUCGUGACCCUUAAAUCUACAACCAAUCAAAAUGCCUCAUCUGAGCGCCUUGGGCAUUGAUCUUCAAUCAAAAUCGCGGUUUCAACCGAGCGAGCUAUCCCUGUAAUUUACACGAAUCACAAGACUGUUAUAAAUGAUUUCAUAGAUGGUAAAAAUGACUCCGUGAGUACUUACAUUUAGUUCUAGAAAUAAAGUAUUUCAUUUGAAAAUAUAUAUUCGCCAAAUUAAAAGUAAAAUUCAAAUGGAGCCCAGACCAAUCCCUGGACAUGAGGUAAUCUAGACUUGCCAAAUCAUUCUAGGUUUGAGUUGGACUCCUUUUUUAUACAUUCCCUGGGCCUGGGAGACAGACAAGGGAAGACCCAGUUGUCAAACAAAAGGGCGAGUUAUCGCCGCAUGUUUGGUUUAGGAAGUCUAAUUGGACGUCUAAUUUUAGCAUCGAGUUAUUCGAAUAGGUUGUGGUUGCGAAUGUGUCCAGGGUAUCUGUGUCAUAACAGAAUGGAGCAACGUGUAUGAUACCCUAGAUAAUCGAAGAUACGUGGAUGGAUGUCAAAUAAUUGUUCUACUAUUUUUGUACUCACUUACUCUCUCAACACCCAGGUGACGUUCUCCUCAUGGGUGCAAUGUGAAGCCCAGUCUUCUUGUCCCUGGCCGUUAUGUUACUCAAAGCAGCGUUAAACCACACUCACUCACUCAUUCACUCACUCACAACGUGAUCUUAGUGCCACGGCUGUCGGAAUAAAAAGUCUUUGCUAAAGUAUGAAAGUUACGAUAGCCGUUGCUCUGAAAUCGCUUUGGGAUUUGUCUUUUUUUUCUUAUCUUUUUACGUCUCGACACUUUUUGGGUCAGCAGUGUGUACUUAUUUAUGAAAAAACAACCCACCCGUUCGCCACAACAAGAAAACAUUGAAAAAGGAUGACGAAAAUCAGACAAUAAAUUCAUACUUGUGGCAUGAAAUGUUUCUGAAGAUGAUCAUUGAUUAGUCAACAAAUAAAGCUACGACCCCCGGGAUGUACAAACUAUAUAACGUUUAAUGGCACGUUUCCAUGGUUACGUGAUUUUAUCUGCUCCAUCUGGUGAUAUUAAUUAGGCAACAUAUGUGAACAGUGGGGGUGAGGGUAUAUAUCAUAUUGUAUCCUAACCAAACCUACUGGGUUGACUCUAAUCCACUUCCAAUAAAAAAAAGUGUUUUCUCACCUGCGUUUUAGAAAAAAAGGUUUCAUGCACCUGAUGUUUGUAGUCCGUGCUUUCAACAGCUGGACGUAAUGAUGGCGAUAUGUAAAUUGUUUAUCAUUUAUUGACUUUGAUUAAAUUAGAUAAUAAUUUA